AUGGCUGAAAGAGCCAAUAAUUCCCGCCGGGAAGACCAAUCGCCCUCCCCACCCCCUCAGCCACCCAUCGCGCAAACCCCCGGACCCCGCGUCACCCGCCUGCAGGAUAUCUACUCGCAAGCGCUCGCACGCACACUCCGCUCGAAUUCCUAUGCCAAUUUCGCGUCUUGCUUUCCGACGCCGGCGAAGCAUGUCCCCGCUAGUCUGGAGAGUGUAUGGCGCCAGCUCAAUGCGAAGUUAGAGGAAAGCGCGGUGGCCGAGUUUGAUGAUAUUCUGAUCGAAAGAGACGCGAUUUCACAAUUGAACGAGCUGGAUCGAUUAGUUGGGGAGGCGAAAGCCAGAAAGCAAGGGGUCGAGAAUGAGAGGAAAGAGCAUGCUGGGGGAGAUGAUGAGAUGGAAGAAGAUGAGAAAGAGGGCAAUGUGCCACCGCAUACAUUACCACCGGAGGAGCUAUUUAGGGCUCAUUUAACACCGCAGUUGGAGAAGACGAAGGGAGUUCUAGAGGGCAAGAUACAGGUUACCGAGACGCAGAAUGUGGAGUUGGCACAGCGGGUACAGGCCCAGCGGGCUGAGAUUGAGCGCCUGCUAGCCGGCUUGGAGACGGUAGUUGCGGAUGUUGAAGGUGCCGCGGCCGCAGCGACUGAGUAUGGGAGCAGUAAUACCCUUCGGAAGGAGGCUUUACAAAUGGACGAAGAGGUCAAGACAAGCUCGGAUAUAUAA